UUUAUUUUGUGUGUGUGAGAGAGAAUGAUUUAGUUUAAGAUCUCUUGAUAUUUUUUUUGCGUAAUUGGUCUUCAAAUUUCUAAAUCAUUCUAAUAAUUUUUGGUAUAAUUCAUUUGCUAUCGGAUUAUAUUAUUAUUCACGUACUUUACUUUGAUUAGUUUUAAUGAUUUAGAGCUAGAAGCCUAAAAAGACAUCUAAUCAUACUAUCAAUUUUUUUGUACAAUUUUAGUUCAUGAUAAAUGCUGCGUAAGUGCGUAAGUAUAUUAGUGAUUGCAAUAAUGUAUUGAGAAACAUGAAAUGAAAGUGUUAGCAAGUAAAAAGAAAAUGAGGAAGUAUUACCUUCCAUUCUGUUUUGCUACUCCAUCUUAGUUUACUUUCCCCAUUUUUUUAAAGUACGAUUUCUAAAUGGAGGUCCCACAUUUUUCUACCCAUUUUUUUAUCUCUUAUUUUUAUAUUUGUAUAAAUAAAUCCCGAAAAAAUGGUUAUGGUGCAAGUAAAUUGGGGGCGAAAGGAAUAUUAAAUUUUAUUGUAUGUAUUUAAUUUAUUAUUUUAUAGGUUACAAUGCAACAGAAGUUACUUCAUGAUCUUAAUUAGCUGUAUUUUUUAUUCAAGUUGAUGUAGUUGUGAGAUCUACGGAAUUACGGAAGUACUUUACUUCCUGAUUGGGAAUUUGACUUUGUUCAGUAUUUCAAUUAAAAAAUUGAUUGGGGGUCUUAAACACGAUCUAAUUAGGAUAUUCUUUGUGUUAUCAGAAUAAUUUUAGUUUUAAUAUGUUAUACUAUAAUCAUGUGAAAAGAGCUGGGAAUAUGGUAGCCCAUUUCGUGGCACAACAGGAUACUGCAAUGAACUCUGAUCGUGUUUGAUUGGACUCGUUCCUCUAAAGUAUUAUCAUUCAGGCGGAAUUGGAUUUGAAUUAUAAAAAAAUUCCAAUGGUUUUUCCUCCACGUAGAAAUAUUUAAAAAUUAAUUAGGGUCUUAAACAAUUGCAACUACAAUACAGUUAGCUGCUGUUAAUCUCACUGUUUCUGAUGUCACAUUAUUUAAAAAAAAAAUGAAUGCAGUGAAUAUGACUUGGCAUUGUCUAUAUGCUGUCCAUUUUCGAGGAACUUCAAGUUGUUGCCUAUAUAUAGUUUUUUGUUGCAUUGUACCUGAUCGUAGUCAGUAUUAUUGUUAACCUCGACUUGAAUUUCUUAAUUUCUUGUUCUUAGAUAUGGAGACUGUGCCUAGCUCGAGUUUGUACCCAUUGCACCGAUGUAAAAUUCUCCAUCUGGUUAGGCAUGCAGAAGGAAUUCACAAUGUUGCAGGUGCAGAGAAGUACAAAACAUCUCCGGAACUACUUGAUCCUCGCCUCUCACCACUUGGAUGGGAACAGGUUGAGAAUCUCCAAAAACAUGUUCAUGCUUGUGGGCUACUGGAGAGGAUCGAGCUAGUCAUCACCUCUCCUAUGUUAAGGACAAUGCAAACUGCAGCCAUAGUCUUUGGUGGGGAUAAUCAUAAGAAUGGGAAUGGUGCAUCCCCUUUAAUGUUGGAAAAUGGGAAAAAUGACCAUGCUACAGUAUCAAGUCUUAACUGCCCGCCCUUUUUGGCACAUGAGCUUUGUCGAGAACGCCUGGGAGUGAAUACGUGUGAUAAGAGGGGAAGCAUUAGUGAGUAUAAGAGUCUAUUUCCGGCAAUUGAUUUUUCCUUGAUUGAAAGUGACGAAGACAUCUUAUGGAAAGAAGAUGUCCGGGAGUCAGAUGAGGAGGUUUCAGCUCGAGGAAUGAAGUUCAUGAAAUGGUUGUGGACUAGGGAAGAGAAGGAGAUUGCGAUUGUUACUCACAGUGCAUUUUUAUUUCAAACGUUGCCCAAGUUUGUGUACAAUUGCCACCCAUCAACAAAGAAUGAGAUUUGCAAAUUCUUUGCAAACUCUGAACUGCGAUCGGUAGUGAUGGUGGACAAAAGUUUGAAUGUAGUAGAUGCUGCACAAACAACUCAGUCUGGAACCGGAAGGAUUCCUUUUGCACUCGACUUACUCAGCGAAGUAGCGAAUGCAAAAAGAGAAUCCAAUGACAAUCAUCAUCAACAAAUGGGGGUAACUGAGCAGAAAAAGAAUCGUCAUUGCUACUGUUUCAUUGAUUUAUAUAUACGAAGUAAAUGAUAGUGAUUGGGUUCUACUUCACUUAGAAUUAUUUAUCCUCGCAUGAUAUGAUUUGGUUCGUAUAGAAUUAGCAAUGCUAUAUAUAUGUAAAAUUAUAAAAUAAACCUCAAAAAACAGUGUAGUUUCUUAUAUCUUGUGCAAUAUAUGUUUUCUUAAUUGCUAGAGUUUUUCGUCGUUUUUCUUUUUUUUUUUUUAACAAUUUCAACAUGUACAAGUAAUAUAUUAUCUUAUGUGAAUACAUAGGAUUUCACAAAUGUCAUACUUGUUCAACUUAAUGAAUCUGAAGAUUCUUUUUU